GAGGAAGGAGGGGGAAAGGCACCAACCAGCAGCCGCUCCAGCCCUGCCGAAGUUUCACUUUUUGUCUGUGGGUCCGCUCCCGGGCCCCGCGCGAGCUUUCCCGGGAUAAGUAGCGUUAGCGAGCAGGGGAGAGCCGGGCGCUGCAAGGUGGAGACGUUGAGGUGCAGAAAUACAACUGAAGACAGAACCCAGUCACCUGGUUCUCAUUUGAGGCCUUCUCUCAUUGGUCUCCUGAGCACUCAUCAGAGGGAAGCUAUUUUUCAACUGAGAACCCCUGCAUGUGACAGCUCCCCAGUCGGGGACAAUGCCUAUAAAAUUCCUGACCUUGAGCAGCAGGGAGUGUAUGCUUCCAGCAGUCAGACACCAGCAUUGCAAUUUGCUGAACCUUGUGUCCACUGACCAUUCCAAGAGCUAGCUAUCUGAGGGUUUUUUUAAAGCUAAUAUUCACCAUACACAUCACAUAAGAACAUGUCUUGGGCAGACAAGAUUCCAACAAUGUCUCACCCAUCUUGGCUGCCACCCAAAAGCACUGGUGAGCCCCUUGGCCAUGUGCCUGCGCGGAUGGAGACCACCCAUUCCUUUGGGACCCCCAGCAUUUCAGUGUCCACACAACAACCACCCAAGAAGUUUGCACCAGUAGUUGCUCCAAAGCCCAAGUACAACCCAUACAAGCAGCCUGGCGGUGAAGGUGACUUUUUUCCACCCCCGCCUCCGCCUCUAGAUGAUCCUGGUGCUCUUCCAUCCAGCCCUGGAAACUUCCCUCCUCCACCACCCCUUGAUGAAGGUGCUUUCAGGGCACAGGGAAAUCCUGGAGGCAAGACCCUUGAGGAGAGACGUUCUAGCCUGGAUGCCGAGAUAGACUCGCUGACCAGUAUCUUGGCCGACCUUGAGUGCAGCUCUCCCUACAAGCCUCGACCCCCACAGGGCUCUGCUAGUUCGACAGCCUCUCCUCCAGCCUCCACCCCUGUCACAGGACACAAAAGAAUGGUUAUACCAAACCAACCCCCUCUAACAGCAACCAAAAAGUCUACAUUGAAACAACAGCCUGCACCCCAGGCUGGACCCAUCCCCGUGGCACCAAUCGGAACACUAAAACCCCAGCCUCCACCGGUCCCUGCCUCCUAUACGACAGCGUCCACCCCUUCCAGGCCUACCUUCAAUGUGCAAGUCAAGUCAGCCCAGCCCAGCUCUCUUUACAUGGCUUCUCCUUCAUCGGGACAAUUUUAUGGCCCAGGCCCGGGACCCCAGGGCUAUAACGCUCCACCAGGUUCUAUCUCUGGGCAGUGCCCACCUCCUUCAACACGGGGGGGCAUGGAUUAUGCAUAUAUUCCACCGCCAGGACUUCAGCCUGAGUCUGGGUAUGGGUACACCCCCAACCAAGGACGUUACUAUGAAGCCUAUUGCCCCACAGGGCCUGGCUAUGGGGGCAAAAAUGACUCUGAUCCGGCUUAUGGUCAACAAGGUCACCCAAAUACCUGGAAGCGGGAACAAGGGUAUACUCCUUCUGGAACAGGAAACCAGAACCCGGCUGGGAUGUAUCCAGUUGCUGGUCCCAAGAAGACCUAUAUCACAGAUCCUGUUUCAGCACCGUGCGCACCACCACUGCAACAAAAGGGUGGACAAACAGGUUCCAUGGGGCCUCCAGCUGUCCCCAGCUCAUUCCGCCCUGAAGAUGAGCUCGAACACCUGACCAAGAAGAUGCUGUAUGAUAUGGAAAAUCCACCUGCUGAUGAAUACUUUGGCCGCUGUGCUCGCUGUGGGGAGAAUGUCGUUGGGGAAGGGACAGGAUGCACUGCCAUGGAUCAGGUCUUCCACGUGGACUGUUUUACCUGCAUCAUCUGCAACAACAAGCUCCGGGGACAGCCCUUCUAUGCAGUAGAGAAGAAAGCUUACUGUGAGCCCUGCUACAUUAAUACCCUGGAGCAGUGCAGUGUGUGCUCCAAGCCCAUCAUGGAGCGGAUUCUGCGAGCCACCGGGAAGGCCUAUCAUCCUCACUGCUUUACCUGUGUGAUGUGCCACCGCAGCCUUGAUGGGAUCCCAUUCACCGUGGACGCUGGUGGUCUCAUUCACUGCAUUGAGGACUUCCACAAGAAAUUUGCCCCUCGAUGUUCUGUGUGCAAGGAGCCUAUCAUGCCGGCCCCAGGCCAGGAGGAGACUGUCCGGAUUGUGGCUCUGGAUCGUGAUUUCCAUGUUCAUUGCUACCGCUGUGAGGAUUGUGGUGGUCUCCUGUCUGAAGGAGAUAACCAAGGCUGCUACCCUCUGGACGGACACAUCCUCUGCAAGACCUGCAACUCUGCCCGCAUCAGGGUGCUCACCGCCAAGGCCAGCACCGACCUUUAAAUUCAGUCGCCUGCUUAGCUGGUUAGUGGGUGGUGCUGAGAAGAGGAAACACAAGAAAAAGAUAAGAAAAGAAAUGGGAAAAUGCAGGAAAGGCAGUCAAGCCGUGGGAUGGUCUCUGUUCUUCAUCUAAUAUUAACCUUUCUUUAGAAGCACAUAGAUGAUGAGAUUUUUUUUUUUUUUUAAGUUUUCACCAAAUACACAUUUCACAUUUAAUCAUGUAGGACCUUGAUGGGCCUUUGUUCCCAAGGACUUCCACAUUUUUGCACGGAUUAUACUCCAUCCCAUUCACUUCUGCAUUCCUGUAACUUUUAAUCCCUAUGUUUGUCUCACUUUUCAUCUGGUUGAAUGGCUUUUUUUAGUGUGGUAUUUGCUGUCACACAGUUUUUCCUGGGUGAGUCGGCCAACUCACAGGUGCUUUUAGGCUUGAAGGGUCUAUUCUAUCAGUUCCACGUGGCCUGUGAUCAGAAAGGAUAGCCAUUCUUUUUCUGUGUAUUGAAAAGUACAUCUUUCUGUUGCUCUAAACCGGUCAUGCCCCUUGGGGGUAAAAAAAAAGUGUACCAUGUAUACGUUAGGCUACAAAGAAUUUAAGCUAUAAAUUACAUAGGUUAAAACAAGCCCAAAUUUAAUUUGCAACCAAAUUUGAUUGGAAAUUCAAAAUCUCUAGUGACCAGUGGUCAGGGCUCAUUUGAAAAUAGUAAUUGGUGAGAGAGAUCCAAAGUUUGCUUUUUUUUUUCCUGAAGGAAUUACAGGUGGGAUAUGCUGGGAAAAAAGCAUUUUGGGGGUAUUUUGAAAAGCCUAUUAUUAUCCCACAAUAUCAUCUUAAGAUUUCCCUUUUCCAUGCCACCUAGACAUCAUAAUUCAGACAAACUUUGUUUUCUCUGGAACAUAGCAUUUCCAAUACUGUCCCACUUUUCAUCUCAGAAAUAUUGCCCUGGUUGUAUUUUGUUUUGUUUUGUUUUGUUUUUUUUAAUAAUAUCCAAACACAACUACCAAAGUUGAGUUUUCUCCAGAGCAGACAGUUGUAAAGAACUAUUCCUAGUCUUCCUUUUUUUUUUUUUUUUUUUUUGCCCCCCAGGCCCGAGUCCUUUUUGCCUGACAACUGCAAAUCAGAGCACAGAAAAUAAAACUGUAGAGUUUUGUUUAAUUUACUUUAAAAAGACAGGAAAGCUUGAAAAAAUUGUGAAACCACAGUUUCAUCACUCCCAUAAUCCCUCCGCAACUCAAAUUGCAUAUCACGGGAGAUGUUUUCUUAUCAUCGAUGUGACAUUUAUACCACACUUUCAAAGACAAUCGCUGAAAAAAAAAUUGCCUUUCUGAGCUAAAAAUAUGGAGAGUCUCUGCCUGGAAUCUUUAUUCAAACUCUUACUGGGCAUUGAAAUGCUUGCUUGCCAACUAUAGAACCAUUCUAUUGGGUUCUAACUUGUUUCUUUUAAAGAGACGCCCCUCUUCGUCACGGCAGGUUGCCAUUUUGUAAACUAAUCAAGUAUUUUGGAUUGAGAUUUCUUAAACAUUUCUUCAAAUCUUCCACAAGUAUAUACUUUUAAAUUAUGAAGUAUUUUAAGUAUACACAAAAUAUAAAUAAUAAUAUAAUGAAUCCCUGUAUACAUAACACCCAGUUUAAGAAAUCAAAUAUAACAAAUAUAGUUACAUUCCCUUGCAUACCCUUCCCUGGGUCCACAAAUACCUUUUUCAUGAUCAUAAAGAUGUAACGUCGAUUUUUAGUCUUUUAUUUUAAUUUUUAAUUUUAGCACUCAGAAAUGAAAAAUUAUUUGUGCGUGUUUUGAAUUACGCCCCAUGCCUCAGGAAUUCCAAUUACAUUUAUUUUACUUUAGUAGGAAUGAUUGUAAAAAUGGUUCAGUUUUCUUUUUUUUAUUUCAGUAAGAAAUUCUUAAGCCUAUGGUCAUUAGCUCAUCUAAGUUAAUUUGUGGCUCUUUUGCCUUGGUCACCCAAAGUGACCGCCGAAGUUGCAACUUUUCAAAGUUUUCUUGGAAAACUUUGUCUUUCCUUACUUUGCUACUCUUACCAUUGGUCCUAUAUUUUUCUUAAUGUGAAAUACAAUGGGAUUCAUUUUGGGCAGCAUGUGAAUUUUAGGAUACAAUAGUGACUGUAUCUCUGAAUUUCUGUCCUCCACAUUCAAGAUCAGACAUGCUGAUGACCUCAAAGAGCACUGACUAUUAGACAUUUGGAGAGAGAAUGUAAUUUGCUUGAAUGGCUUCAGCAAUUUGUUUUCUAUGAAGUACUUGGAGGAAAUUGUGUUUAGGCCAAAAGCCCAAUUUAUUGAGAGAUGGAUUUUAUCUCUUGAAGUACAGUCAUAUUAUUAUGAAUUUUGCCAAAAGAGGAAAAUGUAUGAAAUAUUUAUACUAUAAAAAUGCAAUAACAUUCUACUUGUUUGUUACAUUUAAGUCCUUGUGUAACUAAAAUGUUUACAAGCCAAAACAUUUUAAAGAGAGAGAGAGUUAUAAGAAAAUGCUGUCACAGACCCAUCAGUGUGGCUUUGCCAGAAUACUGCUUGCUUUCAAUCUUUAUAGUACAUUUUUAUCACAUAACCUCAGAGUAUCUUUACCAAAGAGUUUUAAAGUAAAUCUCUUUUUAAUAUAGACCUAUUAUACUUUUAUAAUAAUGAAUGUGCACACACACAUAUGCAGAAAUAUUUAGAUUUAGAUUUCUUUUCUUUCACAAGGUAUAAUAAGGAAAGGAUCCUACAUAUUUUAUUCCAGGAUUUCUUAAGUAUAUGAUUUAUAUUGCCUUCUUGUCUUUUCUAUUAAUCAUUUGGUUUAAACAAUGCCAAAUCACUCUUUACUGUUUUAGUUACAUGAAAUUUUGCCUAUAACAGAGACAGAAAGAUCAUAUAACCUUAACAAUUAUAAUUCUUUUGUCUUUUGGUAUAUUGCCUUGAUAUUUAAAUUCAAAAAUAAUAGAAAAAUCAGAAUUUAUAAGAGGAAGUUUGUUAAAAAAUUGUCAAGAACACAAAUAUUUGGUAAUUAUGUGUUGAUGAGAGAUGUGGAAAAGGAAAAAAAACCCACUAUGUCAUGGGCUCUGCACACCAUUUCAAAAUCCAAUUUCUUCACUGUCUGGAUCCCAGCUCACACUGACUCAACGUGGAAUCUUGUUUGCAAGCAAAAUUGCAUUUAAAACUCAAAACUAAGUCAUGUGUCCCAACAUGGGACAUCAAGGCUUUGAGAUGCUGGACAUCUCUGCAGCUCAAAAAUGUGGGUUCUUUUUCCUGUCGUUGACAUUAUUUUUGUAGGGGCAACUUCUCUGAUCAAAAUUACUUCAUUGGCUGUAUGCUGACUAACGCAGCCGAGUUAUUAACACUAUCAUUGUUUCCUCACCACGCAAGAUUCUGCGAAGGUGCUUAUGGUGAUGUUUAAAGUAUAUAAAACUCUAACUACAUUUAAA